AUGUCGUCCAUCUUUACAUCUUCCACUACUGAAGGUAUUUCCAGAGCUUUUGUACUUGCAAGUUGCAAGAGAAUUCGGUUACACCCCAACUUAGCACUCCCUUACGUUGUUUUUUUACUAUUUUCAGAUUUCCCUGGAAUGUGUUUUGCUUCCACACGUUGUGCUACAGUCGAACCUACGAAAACCUGGGAGCUGACACCCUUUUGCGGUCGCUCAACUUGUGUUCAGAACGAUGAAACCUCGGCCAAGUUAUUGGAGUUGGUAGAAGAUUGCGGCCCACUACCGUUAGCCAAUGAUAAAUGUAAGCUGGACACAGAAAAAACAAACAAGACAGCGCCUUUUCCGUACUGCUGCCCUAUCUUUACCUGCGAAUCUGGUGUUAAGCUUGAAUAUCCUGAAAUUCCAAAGGAAGAAACGAAAAAGGAAUAGUUUUUUAUAGGCAUGGGAAUAUUUGGUUAUGGUUAAAUAAAGGAGGUUAAUAAAUCACAACCAUGGAUUGAUUACGAUUUACAUGCAUUUGUCUGCACCUAGCGAUAUAAUCAUGAUUUGAUAUUCAUAUAUUUGAUAAUACAGUAACUCAAGGAAAUAUCAAACGUA